AUAGAUGUCACUAAAAACUGUUUGUUUAUUUCAUUACAAGUGACAUUUUAAACGUCAAUCAACAUUACGCGACAAAUUUAACCAUAAAUUAAAAUGAUUCAUUAAACAUCAUUGCAUCAUAAACGCUUGUAUUGAAGAAAAUGGCAAAUUAUUUCGAUGAAAUGGGUUGGACCCCGUUACGAGACGGCGAAACUCCCAAUCUAACCACGUUAAUUCAACAAUUAUUGAGAGAUUUUUUGAUGUUUGAUGAGAAUACAACGAAUCGGUUACCUCCCCCUGCCUCUAAAAGUGCCGUAUUAAACUUAAAAACGGAUGUAUUGUCUUCGGAGGGAGAUCAAUGUCCGAUAUGUCUUAAAAGGUUUAAAAUUGAUGAAACUUUUAAACAGAUGCCUUGCGAACAUUCGUUUCAUCCGGAAUGUAUUGAUUUAUGGUUAAGUAAAACAAAUUCUUGUCCAUUAUGUCGGUUUGAAUUACCCACCGAUGAUGAGGAUUAUGAAGCAUAUAGGAAAGAAAAAAUUAGGGCUAAACAACGAGAAGAAGAAUUAAAAGUUUUGCAUAAUUCUAUGUUUAGUUAAAUUAUUUUUGUAUUAAAAAGAAUUUUAUGUGGUGGUAUUUAUUUCAAUUAAAACAAUUUCAAGCUUUUACAACUUAAAAACACUUAAUGAU